CCCAAACCACAACCCCUAAAACCCAUCAAGUGAUAUCAACUUCUUCUCUCUCCUUCUAUGCCUUAAAACUCUUUCUGAGACUUCAUAUCAUUUGUUUAAUCAAGAUUGAAUGAUCUGUUGUCUGACGUUAUCUCCAAUAAAACAUUUGUGAGCGUGUUCCAUGGAGGAAAGUAAAGAGAAAGAGAAAGAAGCAUGCCAAGAAUUGCCUUCAAGAAGGGAUAUGAUAAGCAACUUACCAGACUCUUUGAUAUCUCAGAUGCUCUCAUGUCUUCCGACAAAAGAAGCUGUCAGAACUAGUGUUCUGUCCACUAGGUGGAAAACUCUCUGGCUUUUGGUUCCGAGUUUGCGUUUAGCCUCUCACGACUUUCCAGAUUACAAUUCCUUUAUAAGUUUUGUAGACAAGUCUUUAGAUCUGUAUAGGGAAGAAAACUCAUGCUUACACAACCUCGAGCUUGUUAUACGAAAAGACUAUGAUGAUGAUCAGUGUUGUGUCACUCGCUGGGUAGAUUAUGUAGCUAGGCAUAAAGUUAAGCAUCUUGACGUUGAGUGUGUUCUUGUGAAGCGUGAGUUCUUAGAAGUGGUGCCCUUAAGCCUCUAUCUCUGUGAGAGUCUCCUUUACUUAAGACUCCAUCGAGUAUUGUUAGUUGGUUCAGAGUCUGUCUCCUUACCUCGUCUCAAGACUAUGCGUUUAGAACAAAACGUAUAUCCUCAUGAGGCGUUUCUUCAGUUCUUUAUAUCUUCCUGCCCUGUUCUUGAAGAUUUGAGCAUCGUUAGAAAGGAUGGUGAUAAUGUAAAAGUUCUACGAGUUCAUUCUCAGACAGUGACCAGUCUUACUAUAGGAUUCGAACCUGGUGACGGCCACAUGCUGUAUCACUAUUUUGAUAGAGAGAUCUUGGGGAUUUGCAUUGAUUCACCUAGACUCAAGUAUCUGAACAUCAAUGAUGAUGUAUCCAAGUGUCAUAUUCUGAGCAGUUUCAUCAGUCCAUCAGUUAAGGUUAAUCUUGGUGGCGUUCGUUAUAUGUCAUACUAUUCUGGUGGAGUUGUCUUCUCAAAUCAACAAGUGGCUAGCAGUUUUUUCAGUUGUAUCUCGAGUGUUAAGGAUUUGGUCAUCUCUGAGACUAUUAUGAAGUUAAUCAUUUUCUGCAUGAAAGUUGAACCGUUGCCACAGUUUCAAGACCUGUCUUGUUUGGAAGCAAAAGUUUGUUUAGUAGAUGUGGAUAUGCUGCCAACGCUUCUUGAGAGCUGCAUGAAUCUAAACUCCAUCAUCUUGGAGUUAACUCGUCCUACGGUCGUUACAGAACAAAUAACAGCAUGGGACGUGCCUCAGUGUUUGUUGUCAUCGCUUGAGUUUGUAGAGAUAAAAUGUUGUUGCAAGGCAGAGCUUGUUGGAAUGAAACUAGCAAAGUACUUCGCAGAAAACUGUGUGUUCCUCAAGAAACUUGUUUUGCGUUGGAGAGGUUAUGUCCUAGAAGAAGAUAAUGUCUUAAAGGACCUCCUUGAGUUGUCGUGGCGAUCUAGCACGUGCCAAAUCGAAGUUUAUGGACCACUACAAAUGAGUAUUUACUAGGCACUCUAUUAUUCGGAUUCAA